UAUUUGUUUCAGGUAUAACUUGGGUGCUGGUAUAUCGAACAGACAAAUACAAGAGAUUAAAGGCUGAAGUGGAAAAACAGAGCAAGAAAUUGGAAAAGAAGAAGGAAACGAUAACUGAAUCAGCAGGCCGACAGCAGAAAAAGAAAAUAGAGAGACAAGAGGAGAAAUUGAAGAAUAACAACAGAGACUUGUCAAUGGUUCGGAUGAAAUCCAUGUUUGCUAUUGGCUUCUGCUUCACUGCCUUGAUGGGAAUGUUUAACUCCAUAUUUGAUGGCCGAGUGGUGGCAAAGCUUCCAUUUAUCCCCCUCUCAUACAUCCAAGGUCUCUCCCACCGCAACCUUCUGGGUGAGGAUUACACUGACUGCUCCUUCAUCUUCCUCUACAUUCUCUGCACAAUGUCAAUCAGGCAGAACAUCCAGAAGAUGCUCGGCCUUGCUCCUUCCCGGGCUGCCACCAAGCAAGCAGGGGGCUUCCUUGGCCCACCCCCUCAGGCAGGGAAGUUCUCCUAAAGCACACUUAUAGCCUUCAUGGAAGCUCUGACCAGUGCACAAGACUGCCUUUGGGAGGUAACAAGAUGCGAUAAUGCACCAGGCUGCACGUGUCUAAGAACAGCCUAUGCAGUAUUGGCCACGGUCUUGGAAAACAUCUUCCACUUGGAGUAUUCUGCCAGCGGUUAUUUGCUCAUCAAACCAAGAAAGCUCUCAGAAGAUAACUUGACCUUUUUUGUUUGUGGUUUUUCGGAGAAAUAAAGGGCAUGUU